AUGCCUCGGCAAGCCUCGACGCUGCCGGCGCCGCCACCGGAGCGCGGCGAGAUGGCCGAGGUGGUGGAGGCGGACCCGGACGCGGAGGAUCAGGAGGAGAGGUGGGCGAGGCUGCUGCCGGAGCUGCUCUCCGACGUGGUGCGGCGCGUCGAGACGUCCGGCGCCGAGCGGUGGCCGGCGCGGAAGGACGUGGUCUCCUGCGCCUGCGUGUGCCGCCGGUGGCGCGAGGCCGCCGUCGCCGUCGUGCGGCCGCCGGCGGAGUCCGGCAAGAUCACCUUCCCCUCCUCGCUCAAGCAGCCAGGGCCAAGGGAGCUCCCAAUGCAGUGCUUUAUCAAGCGGAACAAAAGGAACUCUACAUUCCUCCUCUACCUUGGCUACGCAAACUCACCUAUGGAUAAAGGGAAAUUUCUCAUGGCUGCUAGAAGAUUUAGGCGAGGUCCACAUACUGAGUACAUUAUAUCCCUUGAUGCAGAGGACCUAUCACAAGGGAGCAAUGCGUACAUGGGGAAACUGAGAUCUGAUUUCUGGGGGACAAAUUUCAAAGUAUACGAUAGCAAGCCACCAUAUGAUGGUGCUAAAGCGUCAAGCAGUCGAUCCAGUCGGCGUUUUGGAAGCAGAAGAAUCAGUCCCCAAGUGUCAGCAGGCAACUAUGAAGUUGGACAGGUUUCAUACAAAUACAACUUGCUCAAAUCCAGGGGUCCCAGGCGAAUGUAUUGCGCUCUUGAAUGCCCUUCAGCCCAGGAGACCUGGGAAAAUUCACUGAAGACGAAGUUCAGGAAGCCCAUGGGCCCCACAGCUUUGCGGAAUAAAGCACCCCGCUGGCAUGAGCACUUGCAGUGCUGGUGCUUAAACUUCCAUGGGCGGGUAACAGUGGCAUCAGUCAAGAAUUUCCAGCUUGUGGCUGCUGCCAACCCCAGUGACCCUGCUGGCACUGUGGAUGAGGAAACAGUUCUGCUGCAGUUUGGUAAGGUUGACGAUGAUAUGUUCACAAUGGAUUAUCGGCAACCUCUCUCAGCGUUUCAAGCCUUUGCCAUCAGCCUCAGCAGCUUUGGCACCAAGCUAGCUUGUGAAUAGCGAUACUGUUUGAUGCUCAUUGUGUUGCUAUGUGGUUUGUGGUAGCGGAUGCUUCUGUUGUUAAUGUUGUUUGUUGCUAUGUGAUCCGUUCUUUUUUUAGUUUGAAAACAUAAAUAUUGUAUGUACUACUAUAUGUACUAAUGUUCUUUGUACAAGAGAUGUAUCCUGUUGUAUUGUCAAAGAGAUACUUGUACCAAUGCAAGAAGGAAAUUGUGUGUUAUGAACUUCUGCUCUGAACUGAAGCAAAAGCCUGUCCAAUGUACAUAAGUUCAUGGUGAA